CGUACAGUGUUAUAGACUCUAAGGUUUAGUGAAGGAGUGUUUAUGUUAUGAUCAUGGAAGAGUGAGGAGGAAUUUAAAUCAUUGGUGGUGCUACUCUACUGUGUGAACAUGCUUUGGUCUUUGUUGCUCAACCUUGUUCACAAUAUGUUUCUGUUCCUUUAAGGGACUUCUCCAACUUCACCAUAGUGACGUUGCGCACAGUAUAUUCCAUAUUCACAGAAAGUCCAGUGGUGGAGUGUGGAAUCUCCUACUGCGAUAGCAGUCUCCUCCAGGUGCUGAGCAAAAAGCAGAAUUCUUGUUAUCAUGAACACUGACAAAGAUCCUGAAUUUACCACCCCAGAGGGAAACGGGAUGGACGUUUGCAGUGAUGUUGCAGAUCUGAAGCCACAGGAGGAGGAAGAAGAGAGGGAAGAUAAUUCAUUCAGUGAGAAUGGAAUGCAGUGUGCUGAAGGUGUGACAGCUUCACAUGUGAUAAAGACAGAGGCAGAGGAGAUGGAAGACGACGAGCAGUACCCUGAGGCUGAAGAAGAAAGAGAGAUAUCGCUAAAAGAGGAAGCAGAAGGGGCCAGUGAGGAUGGGACGGAGGAAGGAUUCGAUGAGGAGAGGACAGAGGAGGAUGAUGAUGAGGAGAGGGACGGGGAGGGGGAUGAAGAGGGAGAUGCCCUGAAUGAGCCACAGGACCUGUCGCUGGUGGACUACUCGCAUUACGACAGCGUGGCCCUGCCAGACGCCCACGCAGGUGCAGCGGCUGGUGUAGAAGGGACCUACGUGCCUGGAGCCGUGGCCCCUCGCAUCCAGACGACAGGCAAGCUCAACUGUGACAUCUGUGGCCUGUCCUGCGUCAGCAUCAACGUACUGCUGGUGCACAAACGCAGCCACACGGGUGAAAGGCCAUUCCACUGCACUCAGUGCGGGGCCUCCUUCACCCAGAAGGGAAACCUGCUGCGCCACAUCAAACUGCACUCUGGGGAGAAGCCUUUCAAAUGCCCCAUGUGCAGCUACGCCUGCCGUCGACGUGAUGCUCUAAGCGGGCACCUGCGCACCCAUUCUGUGGACAAACCCUUCAAGUGCAACCACUGCAGUCGCAGCUAUAAGCAGCGCAGCUCCCUCGAAGAGCACAGAGAGAGGUGCCAUGUGUACAUUCAGAGCAAAGGCGCUGCUGAGCGAGCAGAGGACAGCCAGACGUCCAGGACUCAAAUGGGCACUGAGCGUGCUCUGCUGCUCGACAGGCUCGCCAGCAACGUAGCCAAACGGAAGAGCUCAAUGCCACAGAAGUUCACCGGUGACAACGGUGUCUGUCUGGACCUGAGCUUUAACAGGGAGCUGGUCUACCGAACUGACGUCAAGGACCCUCCGCAAAGCUCCCCAGGGCCUGACACCCACCAACAACCCAUAGGGUCAAGCAGUAACCCAGCUCCCUCCCGCAGGCCCUACCCCAUCCAGUUGAGCCGCAGUGACAUCAGCACCAUGGGCCUCACUAACGGCCACAAGAUGGGCAUGCCGGUUCUGGGCCUCCCUCACGCCACCCAGCCACCCCUCGGCGUGGACUCGUUCCACACUGACGGCUCCCAGAUGUCCCAGCCUGUAAUGUACAGUUUAGGGCACCUGCUGGGGGGGCUGAAUCAUCAGAACGGCAUCCCUCACCCACACGCCCAGCCCAUCCCUUUGUCGCUGCUGGAGGCUUUACGGGUGGUGCGAGUAGACGGGGAGGGCGGAGCGCUGCCCGGGGCGGUGUACCCCUGCGGCCACUGCAGGGUGAUCUUCCUGGACUAUGUCAUGUUCACUAUUCACAUGGGGUGCCACGGCUUCCGUGACCCACUCGAGUGCAACGUGUGCGGCCACCGCAGUCGGGACCGUUACGAGUUCUCUUCCCACAUAGCCCGCGGUGAGCACCGCCCAGAACUGAAGUAGCUUUCAUUCAUGCAGACUUUCAUGCUUUCACGCACACAACCACACGCAGACGCACACACACACACACACACACACACACACACACACAAAUGCACACGCACGCACACAUGUAUAUGCAGAUAACAAUUCAUAAGAACAUACACACAUUUACUCAUAUAAGUAGCUGGUUGUAUCAGAAAUGAAAGCAUGAAGUAGCCUUUUAUGCAUGUGUGCUCGUGUGUGACAGAGAGAGCUAUUGAGAGAGACGUUAUAGGAGUGUGGCGAGUGUCAGAGUGUUCUUAGUCAUACUGUACUCAUCUGAAAAUAUGGCCUGUAAAGUGUCUAUGCGGGAGUAAUUCUACUUCCUUUUCAUACGUUACAUUAGUUCUUAAUUGUCACUGCUGUAACUACUGUUUUUUUGAUAUAGUCAGCCAUAUAUACAUUAAAAUGUUGCUGUAGUUUUUUUACUGUUAUGUGUAAAAAUAAAAGAUAACCACUCCUUUUCCUUUAUCACA